UCCGGAACGGGGGAAACGGAGAGUAGAAAACAAAUUCCCGUAGCGAGCUGUAUCUCGCCACACCAUCGCCUCCUCCUCCGCCUCCGCCUCCGCCAACCCACGAUUUCGUCGCUGCCAGCAAUCCCUCCUCCCCCCCAUCCGUCCGAGCGCCCGCACCAAAUCUCCUCCCGCUCCAGAAGCUUCUCCCGGUCCGCGGGGAGGGGAGGAGGGCUCGGCGGGAGCUGCUCUGAUUCGCCGGGCGGGCUCCGGCGGGGAAUGCUCUACCUCAAGCUGCCGGCCGGGGAUUUAGGGUUCGGCGGGCGCGGCGGUCAUCCCGUUGCGCGUGGGGCCGGGGUCUGAGGCGGCCCGGGCGGUUGGCUGAUCCAGCCGGGCGCACAUGGCGGCCGCGGCGGCGCAGGAGGCCGAGCCGGCCUGCCUGCAGAGCUUCGAGCUCUAUGAGAGCGAGUCGAGAUUUUAUGUUUUUGGAACUAAUACUGACAGAACGGUAUGGAGGUUACUCAAGAUCGAUAGAUCGGAAACACCAGAGCUUGACAUAGACGAGUGUUCUACUGUAUAUACACAUGCUGAGUAUCUUGAACUGUUAAGUGGUCUUGGUGAAGAGCACAGGUCAACUGGUGGGGUUAAAUCUGUGACAAAAUUUUAUGGCAUAAUUGGUUUCGUUAAGUUUCUUGGGCCAUUUUAUAUGUUAAUUAUUACGGAUCAGAGAAAAAUUGGGGAGAUAUUUGAUCAUCCAGUGUACCAGGUGACUAAGACUUCAAUGGUCGAGUUAGCAAAUUCUAAAUCUCGAUCCACUUUUCUAAAUUCCAGGGAUGAAAACAGAUACAAGAAGAUUUUGAACACACUUGAUCUUAGGAAGGACUUCUUUUUCAGUUACUCAUACCCUAUCAUGAGAGGUCUUCAGAAGAAUUUAAGUGAUCCACAGGAAGGGUGGUCACUAUACGAGUCAACCUUUGUGUGGAAUGAGUUUCUUACUCGACGAAUACGCAAUUGUCUACAAAGUACUUUGUGGACCGUUGCAUUAGUAUAUGGUUUUUUUAAGCAGGACAAAUUGGCAAUAUCUGGGAAGGACAUCAUGUUCACACUCAUUGCUAGGCGCUCAAGGCAUUAUGCUGGCACCAGAUAUUUAAAGAGGGGAGUAAAUGAGAAGGGAAGAGUAGCAAAUGAUGUUGAGACUGAGCAAAUUGUGUAUGAAGCUGUGCCUAUGCCUACAGAAGUAAGUUCUGUUGUGCAGAACAGGGGUUCGAUCCCGCUAUUCUGGUCACAGGAUACAUCAAAGUUGAACAUAAAACCUGAUAUCAUAUUGCAUGAGAAGGACAAAACUUAUGAAGCUACCAAGCUUCAUUUCGAAAAUCUUAGGGGAAGAUAUGGCAACCCUAUAAUUAUCUUAAACUUGAUUAAGACGCGUGAAAGACGGGAAUCCAUGCUUCGUCGAGAAUUUGAUAAGGCAAUAAGGAUCAUAAAUCAAUUAUUUUCAGAGGAGAACCAUCUGCGGUUCUUACAUUGGGAUCUUCAUAAAAACUCUGAAGGAAAACCUACAAAUGUACUUGAUGUUCUUCUGAAAGUGGCAUUUCGUGCUCUGAGGUUGACUGAGUUCUUCUAUUGUCAAGUUGCACCACCUACAGGGUCUGAGACUGCUCCUCACUGGCCUGCUCUAUUGCACAGUCAUGAUCCAUAUUUUUGUGAUGAAAACAGCAACAGUGACAUAUCCCAAGAAGAUAUCUCGGGCAGUUCUGACUCCUCUGGCAAUGGAACCACAGAAGAUAAAGCUGAAACCAGUGAACUCCCCCAACUAAAACCACCAAUAUUCCAAAAAGGGGUCUUACGGACAAAUUGUAUAGACUGCUUGGAUCGUACAAAUGUUGCACAAUAUGCCUAUGGUUUAGCUGCUCUUGGGCAUCAGCUGCAUGCACUUGGUUGUGUAGAAUCCCCAGAACUUGGUUUAGGUGCUCCUGUGGCUCAUCAUUUGAUGCACUUUUAUGAGAGGAUGGGUGACACACUUGCCGUACAGUAUAGCGGGUCGGCUGCUCAUAAUAAGAUAUUCUCUGCGAAGAGAGGACACUUGAAGCUUUUUAUACGAUCACAAGAGUUCGUCAGGACACUACAACGGCACUACAGCAACGCCUGUAUAGAUGCUAACAAACAGGCAGCUAUAAACUUAUUUUUGGGGUACUUCCAACCAAAGCAGGGAAGUCCUGCACUCUGGGAGCUAGAAUCAUCUUCUGAGGAACAUAACAAUGGAUCUUUUGCGCAUACAAGUGACAGUAUCAAAAGAGUGAAUUCAGAUGGCAGCAUCCUUUCUGUAAGCAACGCAUCUAUAUCUGGCUGUAGUGGCUGCCAUAAUGAAUUGUUGACUGCAGCACAACCUGAUGUCAGUACUGAGUUACAAUCUCCAAAAGUGGAGUCUGAUUUAGUGUAUGAAAAUGAGAUUACAUCACCCAAUGAAACUAAAAUGUCAAAUUCAAGAUAUACCCCCACACUGUCUCAUGAUCGUAUACAUGAUGCUCCAAGCAGUCAACUUGAACCUUCCAAUGAUUCAGGCGACUCAAAUUUCCUGGAUCUUGAAUGGCUUUCAAAUUCAGGCAAUUCAAGUGAUGAAAGGUCGCUUGCAAUUAGCACACCGGAUGCUCACCUUUCAACCGAGAAUGUCAUUAGUGACAUAGUUCCUGAGACUAUGGAAAACCAAGUCCCCGGGGUUCAGGCUCAGAAGCUACCCGAGCAAUUCGUACAGUGGGUUAACGACGGCGACACCUUUUGGUUUUGAGACCACUCUGGUGCUGUGCCAUGCGUGCCUGGUUGCUUGGAAGACCAAGUACUCAUUUCCAAACAGUCACCAGAGGGCUUUGAGUUAGCAGAUUUGGAGGUGGGAAGUGAUGGUGGUUCAGUACUUCAGUCGGUUGCGGUGUCAUAUACCAUCCUGGGUUUCGCCCAUUCCACCUGAAGGGCAAUGUGCUUAAAAGUGACAAGUUGUCGCCUAUCAUCCCCAGACUCCUUUAGUGAAGCAUACAAUUCUGUUUAUUUGUUCCUAUGUUUGUACUUAGGGGAGAGUAGAUAGAGUUUUUUUUUUACAUUUUGAAAGAAAAUAGAUAUAGGGUAUGAUAAUUUGCUUUUUCUCUUAAAAAUGUGUAUUAUCCAUGGGAGUAUAAAUUUGCAUGUGUAAAUAUAUAUGCGAUUGAAGUGCAU